GGUUUGUGUGUAACAAACAGAAGCCACUGUAAAGAAGAAGAAGUGCUGAUGCAGUCAGAGCGUUGGGAAUAGAACAGGCAGUAUUUUAACUCGGCCUGGGUCAGAGUGUUUCUAUGAGUUUGGAGCACCAGUGGUAGAUUGCUCUGUCUACUGCCUGCUUGGCACUUGAAUUCUUAAAUUUUUCUAUGAAACUGCUCUGGUGUUUUCCAUGCUCAUCCCAGCUGUAGGAAACUUCCACUGCUUGCAGUAGACAUAUUGAUGCUGAUAUGAGUACAUGCAUUGCUGAGGUGGAAGCUCCAACAGGUUUACAUGCUGUGUGCGCAGACACCUGUGCAUCCCUCUCAGCAGGAGGAGCUGCAGGAGCAGCCACAGCCUCUCUGGAGCUCUCUGAAGCCACAGAUUGUCUAAUUAGAUUAGGCAAGGCUUUCCACAGAUAAUCAUUUAGCCAGCUCUGUUCUGUUUUGUGAGCUCUUUUUUUUCCUCCUGUUUUCCUGCGAUGGAGCGCUGCUUGUGCCUGUCAGCUCGCUGAAGGUCAGAAUGAAUUUCUCUUCAGUUUGAUGAGUGAAGCUGUGGUCUGCAGACUGAUGGGUUAUGGGGUGGUUCUGGAGCUGUGAUUGUCACGCUGCUCAUAGUAAUCGGACUCCCACUAAUACCUGCUGCUGCUGCUAACCGGAGGCGAUGGGGGAAGUUUGUUCACUGAGUCCUUGUCAGGCUGGAUCUGCACCUCAGGCUUGCUGCUGAGUUGCAUUUUUCAAUAAGACACCCACCAAGCUCUGGACAAAGGAGAGAUGGCCACCAACUCUUUCCGUGGGUCCAAACGAGGACGCAAUGCAGAGGCCAACCAUGAGCCAGAGUUCAGCUGCUGUCUGCAGGAGCUGCAAUCACUUAUGGAGCUCCGAGGAGCUGAUGCAAUCACCAGGAUUCAGAACUGCUACGGAGAUGUUAACGGACUGUGUACCAGACUCAGGACAUCACCUGUUGAAGGUCUUGAAGGAAAACCAGAGGACAUAAACAAGAGGAAAGAAGAGUUUGGACUGAAUGUCAUCCCUCCAAAAAAGCCUAAAACCUUUUUGCAGUUAGUGUGGGAGGCCCUGCAGGACGUCACGCUUAUCAUCUUGGAGGUGGCAGCAGUCAUUUCUCUAAGCCUUUCUUUCUACAGUCCACCAGAUGCAGAAAGACAAAACUGUGGAAAAGCAGCUGGUGGUGUGGAAGAAGAGGGGGAUGCGGAGACCGGAUGGAUCGAAGGCGCUGCCAUUCUACUGUCUGUGGUAUGCGUGGUGCUGGUGACGGCUUUUAACGACUGGAGCAAAGAGAAGCAGUUCCGCGGUCUGCAGAGUCGCAUCGAACAAGAGCAAAAGUUCACCAUCGUCCGAGCGGGGCAGGUGAUCCAGAUCAAAGUGUCGGAGAUUGUGGUCGGAGACAUCGCACAAGUCAAGUAUGGUGACCUCCUCCCAGCCGACGGCGUCUUAAUUCAGGGUAACGAUCUGAAGAUCGAUGAGAGCUCUCUGACCGGAGAGUCAGAUCAUGUCAAGAAGACCAUUGACAAAGACCCUAUGUUGCUCUCAGGCACACAUGUAAUGGAGGGCUCUGGAAAGAUGCUAGUCACCGCCGUAGGUGUGAAUUCUCAGACGGGAAUUAUUUUCAAACUGCUCGGUGCCAGUGAAGACAGCGAAGGCAGCAGCGAUGACAAAAAAGAGAAGAAAAAUGAGGAAAAGAAAAACAAAGACAAAAAGGAUAAGAAGAGUAAGUUUAACAGCAGCCAAAUACACGAGUCAUCAUCUCAGAAGAAACAUAAGAAAAACAAGGACGGAGCUACUGUUGAGAUGCAACCACUCAACGAAGAUGGAGAACCAGAGAAGAAGAAGAAGGUUCUUCCAAAGAAGGAGAAAUCUGUCCUUCAGGGGAAGCUGACCAAACUCGCCGUACAGAUCGGCAGAGCAGGUCUGUUGAUGUCGGCCCUCACCGUCAUCAUCCUAAUCACUCGCUUCCUGAUCGAUACCUUCUGGAUUCAGGGCCUUCCCUGGUUGCAAGAGUGCGUUUCCAUCUAUGUGCAGUUCUUGGUCAAGUUCUUCAUCAUCGGCGUGACGGUGCUGGUGGUGGCUGUGCCUGAGGGUCUCCCCCUGGCAGUCACCAUUUCCCUAGCGUAUUCGGUCAAGAAAAUGAUGAAAGACAAUAACUUGGUCCGCCACCUUGAUGCCUGUGAGACAAUGGGGAACGCCACAGCCAUCUGCUCAGACAAGACAGGGACGCUGACCAUGAACCGUAUGACGGUGGUGCAGGCCUACAUCGCAGGGAGACACUAUAAAAAAGUCCCAGAGCCGGACCUCAUCCCAACCAAGAUACUGGACCUGCUCAUCCUAGGCAUCGGGGUCAACUGCGCCUACACCACCAAGAUUAUGCCUCCAGAGAGAGAGGGUGGGCUGCCUCGCCAAGUAGGAAACAAGACCGAAUGUGCCUUACUGGGACUCAGUCUGGACUUGAACCGAGACUACCAGAACAUUCGAAAUGAAAUCCCAGAGGAGAAGCUGUUCAAGGUUUACACCUUUAACUCUGUGAGGAAAUCCAUGAGCACCGUGUUGAAGACCUUUGAUGGCAGCUACCGAAUGUUCAGUAAAGGAGCCGCUGAGAUCUUGCUUAAGAAGUGCAGUAAAAUCUUGACGGCCAGUGGAGAGGCCAAGAUCUUCAAACCUAAGGAUCGAGACCAACUAGUGAAAAAUGUGAUUGAGUCCAUGGCAUCUGAGGGGCUGAGGACGAUCUGUCUUGCCUACAGAGACUUCUCCAUCGCUGAUGGAGAGCCUGAUUGGGACAACGAGGCUGAGAUCCUCACUAGACUGACAUGCAUCGCUGUGGUUGGCAUUGAAGACCCUGUACGACCUGAGGUACCAGAAGCUAUCAGAAAGUGCCAGAGGGCUGGGAUCACUGUCCGCAUGGUGACUGGAGACAACAUCAACACUGCUAGAGCCAUCGCCACCAAAUGUGGCAUUUUGCAACCCGGAGACGACUUCCUGUGCAUAGAGGGAAAAGAGUUCAACCAGCGAAUCCGCAACGAAUCAGGCGAGAUCGAACAGGAGCGUAUCGAUAAGAUUUGGCCCAAAUUGAGAGUCCUUGCCCGGUCAUCCCCAAUGGACAAACACACUCUGGUCAAAGGUAUUAUAGACAGCACCGUCCUGGAGCAGAGGCAGGUUGUCGCGGUAACAGGAGAUGGCACAAACGAUGGCCCCGCUCUCAAGAAAGCAGAUGUCGGCUUUGCUAUGGGCAUCGCAGGGACCGACGUAGCAAAGGAGGCAUCCGACAUCAUCCUGACAGACGACAACUUCUCCAGCAUCGUCAAGGCCGUCAUGUGGGGCCGAAACGUGUACGACAGCAUUUCCAAGUUCCUGCAAUUCCAACUCACGGUCAACGUGGUUGCUGUCACCGUGGCCAUCACCGGAGCCUGCAUUACCCAGGAUUCUCCUCUGAAAGCUGUGCAGAUGUUAUGGGUCAACCUCAUCAUGGACACCUUUGCCUCAUUGGCCCUCGCCACGGAGCCGCCGACCGAGGCGUUGCUGCUCAGGAACCCGUACGGGCGCAACAAGCCGCUCAUCUCACGCACCAUGAUGAAGAACAUCCUGGGCCACGCCGUCUACCAGCUGACACUGAUCUUCACGCUGCUCUUUGUCGGUGAGAAGAUGUUCGACAUCGACUCUGGCAGGAAUGCCCCGCUUCACGCUCCACCCUCUGAACACUACACCAUUGUGUUCAACACAUUCGUCCUCAUGCAGAUCUUCAACGAAUUCAACGCUCGUAAGAUCCAUGGAGAACGGAACGUCUUUGAGGGCAUUUUCAACAACCCCAUCUUCUGCUCCAUUAUCCUGGGAACCCUUAUUGUGCAGGUGGUUAUUGUGCACUUUGGUGGUAAAGCUUUCAGCUGUGUGCCUCUGACCGUAGAACAGUGGCUCUGGUGCGUCUUCCUGGGUCUUGGUAGUCUCAUUUGGGGGCAGCUGGUGUCCAGCGUUCCCACCAGCUGGCUGCGGUUCCUGAAAACAGCCGGUCAUGGCACCCAGCAGGAGGAGAUCCCUGAGGAGGAGCUGGAGGAGCUGCAAGACAAAGACGAGAUCGACCAUGCUGAGAUGGAGCUGAGGAGGGGUCAGGCGCUGUGGUGCCGCAGCCUCAACCGGAUCCAGACGCAGAUUCGUGUUGUGAAUGCGUUCAGAGACAGUGUGUCUCCUUACGAGGGCCUGGAGACGCCGGAGUCACGCAGCUCCAUCCACAACUUCAUGAGUCACCCCGAGUUCCGCAUCGAGGACUUAGAAACCCAGAUCCCGCUUAUUGACGAGAACGAGGACGAGGACGACCCGCCCACCAAGCGGAACUCCGUCAUUCCGCCUCCGCUGACGCUGACCGGACUGUCCAACCUGUCUAACCUGUCCAACCUGCAGCCUCUGCCGUCCUCGCCCAACCAAAACAACAACACGUUGGAGCGCAUCAUUCCGCUGCACAGAGACGGCUCCCGGUCCGGCCUAAUCCCGCCUAACUCGGCAGGACUGCCUCCCUGUCCAGGAAGCCCCCUGCACAGUCUGGAGACCUCCCUCUGAAGCAGCUGCUUCCUGUUGUCAUUUUGAAAAUUUUCAAAACAGACUCCUCUGAUUGGUUCAGGACUUCCAAGGGACAGUAAUGUUUCCACAAGUGUUUGUGGUUCUAUUCAGACUGAACCCAUGUUCACACAGACUGCAUUUUUUUAUUAAUAGAUCCGAACUCUGCAUAUGUAAUUUAGAAGAGUGUUUGUGAGGUGAUUCAUGUAAAUUCAAAUUCAGUUUUAUAUGUAAAUAUGUAGCCAGAGUUUAUUUAAUAAAGAAUAUUUCUGUCAAGCUAAGUUAUCUGGUAGGAACAUGUUCAGAUUGUUUCUGUGUUAACUUGUAACCACAAGAGUAAGUGACUAAAAAUCUGUUGUUUGUUUCAUCCGGUAGUCAGACAGGUUUGGAGUAAAUGUCUGUUUCUUUUUAAUGUUGUGUUUUUCAUGUCUUAGGUUGGAGGAAUAUUGUCAUUAAAAGAUCAAAAACUGA